AAAAAGGCAGCCCUGCCUUCGCCUUUGUUGGUUUUUGGGGCCUGUGUUUGUGUAUGAUUUUUUGCUGUGAAAAAUGAAGUGAAUUUGUAAGAGCUGCAAAGUGAAUCGCCAAUGCAACAAUAAUAACAAGGAGUAAUAAAAAUAAUAAUAAUAAUAAUAAUGCAAACCGACAAAUUUUGGAGUGCCAGCCUUGGAGGAUUUUCUUUAUUUAUGAAAACAAUAAACGCAACAAGCGAGGGUACGCAUUAACCGGACCCCAAAAUCCCAAAAUCUGAACCCAAAUCUGGAUUGCCGGGCCAGGUUGGGUUUCCUGGCACGCAUAUAAUUUGCAUGUGGAUAUCGGGGCGAUCUUUAUGAACGGAGAAGCUGCGGCAAUGGCUGCUUAUGUAAUCUGGAAAAUAUUCAUGAAGCAAUAUGCUCGCCUCCGCUACGGAACCCAGGGUCCCCCCGGUCCGACACUGAUCUGGCAUUCGUAUGCGGCCAUUCAGUCAGAGACGGAGACUGAGGAUGUGGAGGCUGACACGAACAUCGAGGCAGGGCGAGCAGAAGCAGAAGCAGCUGUUUCGAUUUCUGUUUCUGGUUCAGGAGCAGGAGCCGCAGUCGGAAUUGGAAUUGGAAUUCCAGAGAGCAGCGAAUUAGCUGAGAUCUCGAUACUGAAUGACACGCAAAUCGAUGUUCCCCCAGGGGCAGGCGUUGGAGGAGGGAUCCUAGAGUCGCCACAGCUCUUGACCAACGGCAGGGACAUGAAAGGAGCCAGAGCUGCGCCCAUAGCCCGCAAUGAAGAGGUCGACGAGGUGGAUGUCGAGGUGGCAGACCAAGAGGCGGACCCGGAGGUGGCCGAGGUGGAGCAGCUGUCCGCGAAUGCUAAUUAUGUGUGCUGUCGAUUCCCAACAACAACAACUGCAACCGCGACUUCUGCAACAUCGGCAACAGCAACUUUGAACCGCAGCAAGUCGCGGGUUCGCAGCUAUCUCAAAAAGUGCAGGCAACGUUUAACGGGUCAGCAGCCCAAGACAAGCUCCGCCACCACCACUACUACCACUACCAUCAUCCUGGUCAGAAAUGAGCCAGCCACAGCGACCAUUGAGGAGAGGGAAUCCGAAGAGGAGGAUGAGGACGUGGAGAGCCUGGGGGAGGACGACGAGGAGACGGAGGGCAGCGCCAGUGCCUAUACGGAUGCCCUGCCCAUCGACUGCCGCCUGAGUGCCAAUGUUGAGGAUCCGGACCAGCAGGCGGUCGUCGAGCUGGAGCCUGAGGAGGAAGUCCCAGUGGAAGCCGAGACCCAAGUCAGCGAACUCCCGAGCUCCAGCUGUGGUCCCUGCUCCUCCACCAGCCCUGAUCCAGUCGCAGUUCCUCGUCAGCAGUCCGUCGACAUGGAAGUGGAUGCGGACACGGACGACAUGCUGGCCCGGCUGAUUGACAGCCAUCUGUCGCACAUUUAUCCCGUCUACUGGGCACGCACGCGUGCGAUUUUAAUCCAGCAGGCACGUGAGCGACUCGUGUGCGGAUUCGACGGCUGUUUGCUCCGCUUCGAGCAGGGAUUCUUAUGCAAAUUUGCACAAAUUGCCGCCGCACUCCGAUCGGCUCAUCAAAUCGGCGAGUCCUGGUUAUGGCAUCCCGGCUGGCCCCUGGCAACCCCCAAUGGAGCGCUUGUACUGCAGCUGAGCGACUCUGAGAUCGCGCACGCACUUCGUCCGGCGGAGCUCUACCUCUGCAUCAAAUUGGAAACCUCGACUAAAACCGAAGCGGAAACCAUACCGCGACUCUAUGCCGUUUGGCGUUCAACACGGCCCCAGGAGACCGUCCAGAGUCAGUGCAUCGACCACGAGAAUCCCCGGCAGCUGCCACUGAGCGUGCUCCAGCUGGAAAUGACCACGGCGGCGGCGGCAAUUAUGGCGGCAGAUGGCGGCGAGUUGCCCCAACUGUUGCAGAAUCUGCUGGUGAGCGUGGAGCGCAGCAUUGAGCGUGUUUCGUUGAACGAGCUCCAGAUGCAGUUGCAUCCCGGCCAGGGAGAAGAUCUGCUCGAUGAGGCCAACAACAAUAAUAACAAUAAUAGCUGCAUAGGCCUUGGCAUUGCUAGUGGGAUUAACAAUAGCAGCAAUAAUAGCAACAGCAACAGCCUGGUGGGAUCACCAAAGUGUGGAUUGCGUCGCAGCGACUUGAUUACCAAAAACAAACUGUUCAACAACCGUUACAUGCUCCGGCGACUGACCAAUCGGCAGGACAGCAUGAACUCGACCUCGUCGGGCAACAGCAAUGUGAGCGACAGGAGCAGCAGCUCGAGUUCCAGUGGCGGCGAGGAGCUCCUUACCAACAGCAUCGAGGCCAAAAAGCGUAGCAGCCACGGCAGCAACAGCACCAACAACAAUAAUAACAACAAUGAAGCUUGUGGCACGUCCACAUCCCCCGCCCUGCCCCUCUUCUGUCUGGGCAACUCAUUUCCGCACAUCGACAGCGACGAGGAGCCAUGCGACAGCGGCAGCAUGGAGAAGCACCAAAGUCUGGAAACCUGCGAGACAGAGCUCCUCCUGCCCAGCUCGAUCGGUGAGCUGCCCGAGAAAUUGCUGACCAGUGGCGUCUACCUACCAGGCACACGCACCCUCCAAGGCGACCCACUUGUGACUGUGGAUGCUGCCUGUGUGGCGUCCGCCGGCCUCAAUUGCUACGAACUGGCCACUCUGCUCCUCUGCUACAGCACAAUUCCCGAUCGCAGCUCCUGUCCCACCCCGACAACACCCGGAACGACAGCAACAAUCAAUGGCCAUAAAAGUGCAGAGCAGCAGCAGCAACAGCAACAGCAGCAACUGCAACACCAACAGCAUCACCUACAGCAGCAACAUCAGCAACAGCAAAAGCAACAGCCACAUCCCGCCCAACAGACAUUUACCAUUUUAAUUGCCAUCGAGAAGUCGCAGCACUUAUGCGUAAUCGACUUAAUUUGCCAAAGUCUCAGACUCUUGGCCAAACAAAUUGGUAAUUGUGAAAUUUUGGCCGUUUGCGCCGAAGCGAGUCUGCUGCAAUUGUGCAACGAGCAGCAGCAACAGAAGCUGAAGAACAAUAACAGUGAUCGGCCGGAGCCCGCGUCGCCCUCGUCGCCAUCGCCCCCAUCGUCCCCAUCGCUGCCAUCGGCGUCAUCGCCAUCGCCAUCGCAUUUGGUUAAAUUCAUUAGCGUGGACCAAGUCACGACAAGUGUUGCGCCAUCGCAGCUCCCCACCGGACUGCUGCCUUCGGUGCCCGCCCUCUCGGAGCUGCCCGGCCAACGGCAUCACGACGCGGGCAAGUGGCGGGAGUUUUUCGCCCAGCUGGAGGCCUUCCAGCGCCAGUGCUCGGCGGCCGGGGGCCGUCUGGUGGCUGCCCUCAGCGACAUCCGGGCCGCCGAUCUACAGGGAUUGCCCACGAGGCGUCAACUUUACGGCCAGCACCGUGCCCUCAGUCGUGCCCUGAUGGACUCCCAGCUCCACAGCCUGCGCAAGAUGGGGGCGGGUCAACUGUUCCUCCUGCAGGAGCUGGCGCGCGGCAUAACCACUGCUUCUGGUAGUCCCAGCAGCCCCAGGAUAUCCUCGCCAGCGUCAUCUCCGUCAGCCACUCCUUUGGUGGUCCUGAACCCAGAUGCCGCCCACAAGCUACGCAAGGUGACCCUCCUCUUCAACGAAGUGGACCGGGCUGCCCAGCGACUAGAGCAGCUCACGGAGCAGCGACGGGAAAGACUCCGGCAACUGACCAGACAGCGAGCUUUGGAGGAUGAGAUCAGUGAGGUCACCUCUUGGCUGGGCAGCGACGGAGCUGAAAAUCUGCAAAAGUUUUCUCAACUGCACUGGGACGACGAGUCCCAGCUGAGGGCCCAAGAGCAGGAGUUUGAAAAGUACUACUUCAUUGCAAUGAAACAUUUGGCCAAAGGACGAGAUCUGCAUGCGGCAGCCUUGAAGGUUUCCGUUCUGAGCGAGAGUGCCAACAACCUGAAGGCAGCCCUGGAUCAGUUCGGCCACAAGCUGGAACUGGCCCACGAACGCUUCGAGUCCGUCGGGCACCUCCUGCACCUGCUCACCCAGCACCAACGGGAAAGCGCCGGGCGAGAGGAGCUGCAGCGCCUGGCGGAGCAGCUGGGUGCCACAGCGCUCCUGGAGAAGCACUGGCCGGCGAUGCGGAAGAGCCACUCCCUGCCGGCAGCCAGCAGCACUCCUGCCACCUCCAGUGGCAAGCGUGUGAGCUACCGCUGCAGUUCCGGCAGCUCUGGCUCCUUUGAGGGCGGCCCCUCCGGUGGCAGUUGCAGCUGCUGGCGCGAAAGCCGCAACCUGGAGGACAUGGACGAGCCCGAGGAGGAGGAAGAGGAGCAGGACUGCGAUGGCGGCGACGGGGAGGAGCAGCAGUCCAAGAUUGCCGACUCCGGCGUAGGCGUCUGCGAUAACUGCGAACGUAAUCCCAAGCUGGCCAGGAUCUGCUCCUGCCAGAGUCUUAAUGAGAAGAAUCACGAUGAACUUAUGGAGGAUGAGUGCUUCGGAGAUCGACCAUCGAAGCGGUACAUAGACAUGCACUCGCCCAUGGAGGCGAAUGCCCACUUGCAGUGCCAUGGUUCCAGUCUAGAGCUGCCCAAGCUGGAGGAGUUGAGCUGCCUGGAACCGAAAAUACAAAAAACGCUUCUAUUGAUCAUGCGCGAGAUGAUUGGUACCGAACGCGACUAUGUGCGCUCUCUCUACUACGUCAUCGAGAACUACAUCGAUGAGCUGCUCCGGGAGGACAUCCCGCAACCGUUGAGAGGUCAGCGCAAUGUGAUCUUCGGCAACAUCGAGAAGAUCUUCGAGUUCCACAACUCACAUUUCCUGGGCGAGCUGGAGCGGUACGAGCGGAAUCCCCUGAAAGUGGGUGCCGCCUUCCUCGAGAUGGAAUCCAAGUUCUACCUGUAUGCGUUGUACAACAAGAACAAGCCAAAAAGCGAUACUCUGCUUAGCGAGUACGGCAGCUCCUUCUUCAAGCCCAAGCAACUCCAGCUGCAGGAUAAGCUCGAUCUGGCAUCAUACCUCCUUAAGCCGGUCCAAAGAAUGGGAAAGUAUGCUUUGCUCCUCCAGCAGCUGGUCAAAGCCUGCCGGAGUGUAGAGGGGCCUGCUCUUCAGGAGAUUGCCGCGGAUGUGGAGGAACUGCAGCGGGCAGAGGAGAUGGUCAAGUUCCAGCUGCGUCAUGGCAAUGAUCUUCUGGCCAUGGACUCCCUUCGAGAUUGCGACGUAAAUGUCAAGGAGCAAGGACGUCUGCUGCGCCAGAAUGAGUUCCUUGUGUGGCAAGGACGCGGCGGCAAGAAGACCCUGCGUCAGGUGUUCCUCUUCGAGGAGCUGGUGCUCUUCAGCAAGGCUCGACGCUUUCCCGAUCACAAGAAUCUGGAUAUAUACAUUUACAAAAACAGCAUAAAGACCUCAGACAUUGGACUCACUGCCCACACUGGCGAUUCGGCCACCAAAUUCGAGAUCUGGUUCCGGAAACGCAAGCCGGAUGAUACCUGGAUGCUGCAGUGCAUGUCGGAGGAUAUCAAGAAUGCCUGGACCGAGGAGAUCUCCAAACUGCUUUGGAAGCAGGCGAAAAGAAACAGAGAAAUUCGUCUGGCGGAGAUGUCAUCGAUGGGCAUUGGCAGCAAACCCUGCCUGGAUAUUCGACCCAGCAACAAUCAGAUCAGCGAUCGCUCCAUUCCCUUGGCCCAGCUGAACAAGACUCCCAAGCUGCGUCACUCGGAGCCCGGAAAGGGCAGCAUGCGUCGCCCCAAUUCGCUGAUCUCGGAGAGUUCUCUGUCAAGUGGCACCAGCACAACCAGCGGCUCGUCAAUCAGUGGUGGCUCAUCGUCCGGUCACCAUGACGGUGGUGGGGGACGGCACAGUCUACACUUUGGUAAGCUGCCCGGACCCCAUAGCACUGGAUCAACCACAUGCAGCGCCACCUUGGAACUAAUCAACGAAACGCAGACCCUUAAGCUAGGGAAGUCGCAGAGUGGCGCCAGUGGCAGCACCAAGGGAUCGGAGCCAGGCGGCAGUGAGGGCGGAAGCGGGCAAGGACUCGGAGGCAGCAAACGACACCACAAACGAUCGACCACAAUUGUCAGCCAGCUGUCCAUGGAAAGCGGCAUAGUCUCGGAUAUCUGUGUCACUCCGGAUCAGGAGCAGUCGGCGGCGGAGAGCAGCCGUAGCAGCUGGUCCACGUCCACAACAUCAGCAUCGGCGACUUCAACGACCAGUGCCUCCACGGUGAUCCUGCGACGAUAUCGAUCCUACGCCCAUGCGGCGGAAUCCGCAAAUCCGGACGGCAGCGGCAAAUAGAGGAGCUGCUCCUAGAAUUUAUAUAGCGAACAAUUUAUAGCUUUAGCAAACGGUUUCAUCUUCGGUAUCAUAACGAUGAAUCGCUAAUUUUAUUUCAUUAUUUUUGUUAUUUAUUAUUUAUUACACUUUAGUUUCGUUAAUUUUUUGUCACAUUCUCCGUAUUUGAUUUGGAAAAUCGAUUGAAAUUAUUGAAUUCAGCGUGUCAAUGUCGAAGCAUAUUUCACAUAUAUGUAUUCUAUGUAUGUAGAUCUUAAAUCCCACAAUCGAACCAGUGCACACGAAAACCACAUGAAACAUUAAUCAUGGAUAAUACGAAAGGGGGCGGAUAGGAUGUGCCUCACGCCCACGUAUCUGAAUCGAAGAUCAUUACGUACAGCUAGAUGAUAUGUAAACUAAGUGCCUACAUUUAAAUAUAAUACAUAAAUCUAUAUUUAAACAAAUAAAUGUAUCGUAAAUAGUUAUAAGCAAAAACUUAAAUUCAAUAAAUUUUGCUUCAAUGUCAAAA